AUGGAGGAUUCAAAGAAUUAUGGCCACCAACAUCCUUUGGCACUCUUGAAGGAAGACCAGCAGCUGAUCAUGGACAAUCAAAGCGGACUAGUAGCUGACUGCUCCAGGUGUGGGGAGAAGGUUUCGGCCCCAUGUUUCAGCUGUGUCAAUGACUGUGGGUUUCACCUUCACGAGGUAUGCGCCGAUGUACCUUUGGAGCUUAAUCACCCUUUACAUCACGAUCACCCUCUUCUUCUUAAGCAUAUAAAGCCAUCUUCUUGCAUUUGUGAUUUUUGCGAUAAAGAUGGUAACAAGGUCAUAUAUCGCUGCUCCUCUUGCGAUCUUGACUUUCAUAUUAAAUGUGCUUUGUUUACGCUUGACGUUGUUCAACAUAACUUGAAAGAGCUUGAGCAUGUUGGCCUUGAAGACCCUUUGAUUUCCACUAAAAAAGAUGAUGAAGAACUUGGAGAUGUUACUAACUGCUUCUGGUGCUGGAAACCAUUAGCAAAUUAUGCAUACUUCGCUCUUGAUUCUGGGUUUAGUAUGCAUAAAAAUGUGUUGAGCUUCCUCUUAAAAUGA